AUGGCGACGGGCGGCGGCGGAGCCGGGGCAGGUCCCGGUGCCGGUCCCGGUCCGAGCGGAGCCGGCGGCCGGCGGGGCCCGGGGCUGAUUUGGGCUGAAAAGAAGAGGCUGAACAAAGGGACAGAUGCGGUGGAGAAAAGGGGUCCGUACAUCAUGAGCAAACCUCCCUCCAUUCAGGCCAAGCUGAAGAGGCAGCGGGAGCUGGCAAAGGCAGCGCUGCGAAGGCAGGGGCUGCUGGGGGCACCCACUGCCCCGAAACCACCUCCUAAAAGGACUGUGAAGUUCAACAAGGGCUACACAGCGCUCAGCCAGACAGCUGAUGAAAACCUGGUCUCCCUCGACUCGGACAGUGACGGGGAGCCGGGAUCCAGGUGUUCCUCAGGAUAUUCCUCCGCUGAGCAGGUGACCCAGGACAUGAGCCGGCAGCUGCUGCAGGAUGGCUACCACCUCGACGAGGUCCCUGACGAUGAAGACCUGGAUCUCAUCCCCCCAAAACCCGCAGCCUCCUCUUCUUGCCCCUGUUGUUUCGGAGAAAACCUCUCCUGCGUGCUCCAGUAACCGCACAGAACAGGUCAAAAUCCAGCACUUUCUUUGUCCCGUGGGAUGGCCGCUGGGGGUCCGGGUCCCACGCCAGGACGGCGACACAAGGACCGAACGAUGCUGCUCGUGGCAGAGACCAAGUGACCCCAAAAGACUUCUCCUUACACUCAGCAAUAUCAGGGGGAGGUGGCACAGUGACAUUUUGGUGACCUGGGUGGGGCCUGGCACUUGGCCGGGGCAGGAAGGGAGGACAGGCAAAGCCCGGCACCUCCACAGGGGUAUAAAGGGAAGGGUUUGGGAGUUUGUGGGGCUGGAGCUAAUGGCUUAUUCCCAUUCUCCUCAACGCUGCUUUGAUGCAGGUGAGGCACAGCCCAGGCCCCCCGUCCCAGCUUUGCACAGCGCUUGGGUUUGGGGGGCUGGAGAGCCUCUCUGCUGCAAACCAUGAACGCUGCCUUAAACCAUGGUCCUGCUCUAUGACAUAGAGGACAAUCAGCUUCUUUUACAGAAACCUUAUUUAAAUAUUUCAUGUCGAGAGACAUGAACUGGCUGGGUGGGGGGGCCAUGUUUGUUUGGUUUUGUAUUUAACUUGUGAAAGGGAGCACUCAAUAAACUGGAUCUCAAUACUCAGAA